AUGACUGUGUUUGCAGCCGUCAGUGACAUUUGCACAUUCGCCGCCCGUUCUUUUGACCGCCAAUUUCGAGCAAAACAAGCGAUAGAAACAUCCUUGUUUACGGCCGAAACCAGACCAAAUGCACUAAGGGCUUUAUACGAAUCUGCGGCAAAAACACCUCCUGCGUUAUUGAAUUUAGCAGCAGAAAAUGAAUCGCGAAGACAGGCAUUCCCACUUGAUAGUUUGCUACUAUGCACUCCGGUUUUGGGAGCUAGAAGAAGAAGACAGGCUGGAAAAAUUGACUCUGAAAUCGAAACCAGAUUGCCUGCUGCAAUAGUAGAACUUCGCCGUUGGACCUCAUCGGAAGCUCUAGGAGAUGUGACAGUUGCUCCUGAUUGCGUGAGCCGCCUUCACAGCAGUUUAAAUCAAACUCAGACUAUGUCUUGGACAUAUAAUGAUGCUUCUGGAAGUUCGCCGACUAGAGAUGAUGUAGACGCAGUUAUAUCUGACGAUGAUCAACCUAUUGAUCAUAAAUUACCAUCCCCCGAAGAGCAAUUGCAGGCAGUCGCUUUGAAGUUCCCAGCCGUUGUUGUCGCUGUCGAUGUGACUGGACGACGAUUCGAUCGCAUGUCUCGGUACAGGCGAACCGCAAUUGGUACAUCAUCUACCGCCAGUUCCAGCGCGGCCAACACAGCUGGACCAUCGAAUGCUGGUGGUAGUACUACCACCGCUUCGGGUGAGGGUGACCUACCAUCGGGAACUAUUCGAAGACGAUCAUCAAGACCAAGGAAACCCAGAGGGAAAAGAAGGAACACGAUAGCAGGCACAGAUCGACAGGAGAUACAGCAAGCUGUUAAUGGCGAACACAGCAACCCGGAUGCGAUCGAAAUUGCCUCAACCGUCCCUCAGAUCACGUCUCCCGAUCGUUCCAGCCGAAGUCAUUCCGGUGAUCCUUUGAAGUCAACAACAAAGCGUUCGCACUUCAGCGCAUUGAUCAGACAAUGGGGUAAAUCACGUCUGAAGUUAACGAAUUUACGAUCAUCUGACGCCAAAGUUUCCGAGAUUGAAAAUGUUAAUCUCCAAGAAACACGGGCUGACCAUGAACCAAACGAGUUCCAGCAUCAACACCAGAGAAAGUAUUCAUCUUCGUCGGAUAAAUCUUCUGCGGUGGCGGUGGUGAGAUUAAGAGAUCCUACAACGCAGCGAAGAAACAGAGAUGAACCUCAUUCUUCGAGCGGAAAUUGGAGCGCUAGUUCCGAAAGCGGGCGAGCUUCUAUAGGAUCCGAAACCACUACGACCCAGCCUAGGUCCACUCCUACAAUUUCUGGUUCCUCUGGAAUGACACCAGGCUCAGUUGGAAGUCGCAGAAGGUUUGCUGAUACUUCUGCUUCAUGUAGCGAAGGAACGCUGACACCUGAUUUGGCCUCUCACAUCGAUGAUGAGACAAGUUCGGCCUAUUCUUGUGACACGGAAGGAUAUUACACUUCAUUCCACGUUGACAGUGGUUUGAAAACGCUCAGGGAAGAAGAUGCAACUAUGCCGGUGACUCCUCUUCACUGUUCUAAUGCAUUGCACACCACUGGAGAAAGCGAAUACGAAUUAUUUGGUAGAGGAUCGACUUCGACUACUACAAGUUCAGCAGGAACAGUUUGUACUACUUUGCGAGCUUCCGGUAGCGAUAGAAGUUUAAUGGUAGGGCCUGCAGUACCAGAGCGCAAAAGCUCGCUGACUAAAUUGGACAGAAGCGGGUCAAGCAGUAGCAAUAUAAGUGGUACUUUAGAUCGUUGUGGUACAAUAAAACGAAAUGGUAUUCUACUCAAAAAAGAACCCAGUUUACCACUCUUGGCACUGGAGAAAAACAAAGGCGCGGAAAGUCCCGAUAGUGGACACAAUACAUCUUCUUCACCAAUCGAAUCAGCGGCUAGUCCCAAUGGAUGUUCUGAAUUUUCUUCAGAAUUUUCGGAAAGCUCAGACGUAGAGGGUGCUGAUAGAGCAGAGCGGAUAAGGGCGAAAACAGCAAUUAAUUCAAGUCGCAUUCCAUCUAUGUGCGCUAUAACUCCACCUCAUAGCGACGACGAAGGAGAACAAAGUGAUAAUUCUUCAUCGAAACGAGAAACAUCAUCAAAGCAUGUCGUUAUGAAUACAAUUCCUGGAACUUCGAAAAUUCAGCUGAUUAACGUUGAUCGCGAAACGGGCUACGCGACUGUCGAAACCGUUCAAACGCCUACGCGAACUUCACAUGAGAGCGUGCGAACCACCACUUUAUCAGCUCUGAAAAAAUCGCCCCUAUGGGGUAAGAUUCGAGGAGUGUUGCCACAUUUGAAAAAAUCCCCCGUGGCAACUAAGUUGGACAUGACUGAUGGAGGCGAAUACGUUACAAUUGCAGAUGUGCGGAAUAAUAACGAGAAAGCAACAAAACCAAUCGAGCAGAACUCAAGUUUUUCCACAUCAGAAUACGUCAGUUUAGAUGAAUUGCCGCGAAUUUUGCCUUCAAAUAGCAAAUCGAUUGAUAGCGCGUCCAGCGCAUCGUCUCUAGAGCGCAGACGCGUGGCGGGACAGGGCGCUCGUGUCACCGUCGAUUGCGAAGGACGCGUCGUGUACUCGAGUAAUAGUCUUAAGCGCAACAAGCAGCAUAGCACAUUCGAACCAGGACCGUGUGUGAAGACGGCUAAAGAAUCACCAGGCACCGGUAAGCUCGUGGUCCGAGCGGGAGAACCAGCGGAACGAGUUCAUCCUAUCAUCGCUCCUACGACGAGGAUUCCAUCUGCAAAUCAAACUGGAGCGUACGUCAACAUUCAGGAUUGUGAUCCUACUAGAACGAUAGAAUCAGCACUUUCGUCUAAUGCAAAGAAUGCCAUUAAAGAUAGUUUGACAACAGCGAAUCAAUCUCAUUUCCAAAGGAAAAAUCCAGCAUAUUGGACCCUUCAAAUGAAAAAAUCAUCUAAGGAAUUUGUGCCUGUACCUAUGAGAUGUCUGACCCCAGAAUUGCAACUAAAAGAAGAUAAUAAUCAAAUGAGAAGUUCAGAAAGUUUUAAUAUGAAAAAUGAUAUAACUGAUAAGUUUUUCCCAAUUGUAGCAGGAAACAGUAAACAUGAUAAUCUAAUUUGUAGACCAGAUGUAAAAAUUUCACCUAUAGAUCCUAGAAAUAUUGGAACUUUUCAAUCAUCAACUCCUUCGAGAUCAGAAGCAGAUACUCAAAUCAUAUCCGCAAACAAAAAAUCAACAAUGACAAAUGAAGAGUUAUAUGCAGUAAUACAUAAAAGUAAAAAGAAAUUGAACCUUAAAGGAGAUGUUAGUUCCCCCUCACGCGAUUUAGAAUCCAGAUCUAGAAACAGCUGGGCUGUUAAUGAUAAAGCAAAAGGAUCUAUAAGUGACCUUAAAUCGGGUUCUUUAAUGAAUCAACCUGGUCAACGACAAAGUUGGGCUUGCAUUGAUAGGUUAGGACCAACGCCAAAAACUUCAAGAUUAGAUUUCAAAAAAUACUUCUUCAGCCAGCUCAAAAUCAGUACCUGUUUCACAAACAAAAAAAUAUCUGCAGUGGAGCAACUGAAAUUGGAUAGAGAGAAGAAAGAAGCAUCAGGUGUUUCUAGUCCUAUUAAUAUUUUAGAUUUAAGCUCAUCUCCAAAAUCCUUUGGUGGACGUAAAAUGAUUAAUAAACAAAGUUUCAAUACGUUUUCUUCAGCAACAAAUAAAGAUUCUUUACAAAGAAAUACAUCAAAAAUGACUUCCCCAAAAAGUACUUGGCGUUUUUCUCACCCUCGUUCUGAUAUUUUGUCAUCUCCUAUUCAGGAAGUUUGUGCGGAAGAAGAUAACCCAUGUCUAUCAAGUGAAUUGGCCAAAGUAUCAUUAAAACCUAUCCCAUUGCCAAGCUCUAUACCUGCAAUCAGGCCUGGGCCGAUAUUGGCUUAUCCUAGUCUCUGCCCUAUCAAAGAAUCUGACUCAUCGCCAAGUAAGCAAAGUAAUUCCAUAGAUAAAGUUUCUGGUUCAAAAUUAAAAGAAAACUUAUUUUUAAAAAUAGAAGAAAACAAUUUCAUGAAGUCUGAGUUAAUAAAAAAUCCUAGGAUGACUUCAAAUAUUUCAAGGAGCCAAUUAUUGCAAUCACAAAGAGCCCAAUUUUUAGCCUCUAAUAAUACAAGCCAAUUACAAAUAACCGCACAAUUUAAAAACGGUCACUAUACAGGAAUCACAACAGGGGGACAAAGCAUCAGAAAGAGUGAAAUACCUAAACCGCCAUCUCCAACUUUAGAAACUGCUCUUUGAGACACAUUUUUGUUUGUGUAUAGAACUAAGUUAUAGAAUGUCUAGUUAUUAUACAAAUUGUAACAGGCUAACUACUAUGUAAAUUGUAUAUUUUAUUUAUAAUGUGAAACAAUGGUUAAUU